CCUAGCUGCACUUAAAGGCGCCGCAGCCCGUCUGAGGAACUCUUCACACUUAAGCUCAAUAACAUAAACAAGGGCGUACCGUGUUGUGGUCAAAUACGGUCACAGUGAAAGCUUCAAACUUCCGUGCAACUUACUCAACAGGAAAUAAACGUAAUCAUUAACGGAGCGGCAUUACCAUGCAUGGGGCGCAAGCGAGUAACUCCUGCAUUAAACCCCAGGCGAAGUGAAACAGGGAGACAGAAGAAGAAGAAGAAGCUAUGUUCAGAACAUAUGUAUGGUGUACUUUCAUUUAGCACCAUGUCGAAAAUAAAGAGUAUUGUAUGGCCUCGGGUGGUUCUGUUUGGAGACUCGAUUACACAGUUUUCUUUCCAAGAGAAAGGAUGGGGCUCUGAUUUAGCAAACAAGCUGGCGAGAAAGUGUGACGUGGUGAACAGAGGUUUGUCUGGAUACAACACUCGAUGGGCUAAACUGGUUCUUCCCCGGGUCAUCCCAAAUCACGGUGCUUCUCAUCGUUCUAUCGCAGCAGUGACCGUGUUCUUCGGUGCAAACGACUCUGCCCUGGAAGAUAAGAACCCGCAGCAGCAUGUUCCCCGUGAGGAAUACUCGGAGAAUCUGAAGGACAUAGUGAAAUAUCUGGCCUCAGCUGGCGUGCCUAAGGACAAGGUCAUAUUCAUCAGUCCUCCACCAAUUCAAGAGGAACUCUGGGAAAAAGAGUGCAUACUAAAAGGAUGUUCUCUGAACCGUCUUAACUCUGUGGCUGGUCAGUAUGCUCAGGUGUGUGUCCAGACUGCAAAACAGUGUGGAGUGGACGUGAUCGACCUCUGGUCCCUCAUGCAAAAAGAUGGAGAGGACUUCUCAGUGUAUCUCUCAGACGGCUUGCACCUCUCUGAGAAGGGCAACCGGUUUGUAGCCGAGCACGUGUGGAGCCUGUUAGAGAGCAAAGUGGCUGAUUUACCCUUUAUCCUGCCUUACUGGGCUGAUGUAGACUGUGAGAACCCUGAGAACAGCCUGCUGUGUGAUUAGAGUCGACAGCCACACCGGACGUCUAACUGAUGCAGGUUUACGGUCACUGGUUCUGUUUUGUGACUUUUUCUGGCCGAUUUGCACUGAGGCUUUGUGUUUAAGGGAGGGAUGAGAAAAAGGAAAACCAGGUGCUUCGUCACUGGCUGGAGCUCACGGGUAACGCUGGUAAGGGUUGACUCAAGUAACAGUGUGUUCACAUCAUGUUGGAAUUACAAGAUGGAGGCUCAGAGGUUCUGCUACGGGUUUUUUAAGUCUCCUCGGACUCACGAACAGUUUAGAAUCGUUUAUAAAGCGAACAGAAAAUUAUCCUAUUAUUUGUCAAUACUAGAAAAAAAAUGAUAGGCAUGUAUAGAGUUAAAUACUGAUUUUAUACUCCUAACUACUUUAACUGUGGAAGUCAGAAGCAUGUAAUCAGUCUCUCCAGGAUUUUGCGAUCGCAGAAAUUUUAACACAAAAUUCAAGGAAGAGCCACAAUAUUCGGAAGAGCUUGCAAUUUUUUCCGGAAUUACCACAGAUUUUCCGGAGAUUCGGGCCAAGACGCUUCGCGUGACGUCUUCACAACGCACGUUCCGCCAAAGCCCUAUUUAUUUCACAUGCGUCGAACGAGUACAGCUGGAAGGUCUCAUUUACCAAACAUCACUGCAAAAAAAUAUUGUGAAAAAUUGCAAUUUCACCAAUUCAAGUAGUUUUCCACAAAAAAAAAAAAAACUCUACAAAUUGUAUUUCAAAUCUUUAAAAAAAAAAAAUCUGCAGCAAAAUAAAGCGGUUGCAGCAAUCACAAAAAAAAAAACCCCUCUGUGAACCCUGUACAGACUGAUGUAAUGACCAAUGACUGUAACUCCAACAUGAUGUGAAUAUACAGUAAUACAUGGCAUUAUGCUGUUAAGUCCAUGAAUGCUUUAUUUUCUGAUGUCCUUUCACAGGUCUUUUUUUGUUUUGCUGUAAUAUUAAAUCAAUUUGAAUGUCGAUACAACAGCAGACAAACCCGGUGCAAUGCAAGGAGGAUAACAGUAAUCCCUACACCAAGCAGCUGACACUGAUUUGUAUCGACAUUCUGAUCAGCUUGAUUGCAGUCACUUCUUUACUGAUGAAAGAGCAAUUAUUGCACUGUUUUACCAAAUCCAAAACACUCAUCAGGUACUAAAUCACCUCUGCAGAUAAAAUGAGUUAACGUGUGUGUUUGUGUGUGCGCACACAGGACUGUGCAAGGGCUUGGAAGUAUUCAUCAUUUAUGAUUAAGAUGUUUAAUCUGUAAUACAGGUUAAGUUCAUGUACUCAAUUACUCGUUUCUUACUACAUUGAUGGAAGGAUGUGACUUUGAUUAAAAUGGGUUGGGUUUCUA